CCCCCGGUAGGCCCAGAGCCUCUCAUGUUCUCCCCGUCGUCACCAGCAGCAGCCCUGCCGAGAGAGAGAGAGAGAUGAAAAGGGAAGGCAGGAGCGCGAUCAGCUCGUAGGUUUUAGCAGAAGGCCCAAGUAGAGUGCGUCGGACUUCCGGCAUUUUCUGUAUACCGUAGUAUGGAAUUGCAUAUGUAUAAACGAGUGGCGAGUGUAGGACCUGUAGCUGUGUGCGAGUGUGAGUGUGAGUGUGCGAGUGCGAGAGUCCCAGCGAGGAACGCAGAGUGAUUGAUGAGUGAGUGAGUGAGGGACUGAGGGAGGGAGGGAGUCGCAUUCCCAGCGGUAGCAUCGCCAGGCACGGACGCAGAAGAAGAAGACGAAGAAGAAGACGAGGGAGCGCAAACGACGACGUAGAAGAGUUGAUGUGAUGGGAUUAUAGAAAGUGCGAGAAGAGAGAGAGAGAGAGAGCGCGGAAGUCGAAUUGUUCUGCUCUGCAACUGCUGCUGCUGCUGCUGGUUCACAGUGGCGUGCGAUGCGCGCGUCGGUUCUGGUGCACGCAGUCGGUUCUAUUCAGGCAGGCAGACAGGCAAGACAGUCAUUCGUCGAAUCAAGAUAGUGACGGCGGACGAGGGCGGCGGUGGUGUUUUCAUGGUGGCUCUCCCCGGGGGUUGACGAUUUCGAGAUUGGAAGAGGGUGCCAAAACGAGUGCGGGGAAUUGGAUUGUCGGACAAAUGUGUGGAGAUUUGGACCGAGGGGGAGACUCACACGACGAGGCCACUGGGCGCGAUUUUCCUUUCGCUUUUGCUUCCAGCUUUUCCCUUCCUCCCUGGGAACGGAUGGAUUGAUCGAUUGAUUGAUAUAUUUAUUCAUUGAGUGAGAGUGAUUGAUUUUGUGGGCCGGUUCUAUUCGUCGUGCUCAUCGUGCGGCAAUCGGCAGUAGGUUUAGUUUUAGCAGCGACAUAAAUUUUCGAGAGGGAGGGAUGGCCUUCCGAAGAAGAGCAGGCACGGCCGCAAUGGCGGCGCUGGCGCUGGCGCGAGGCGCCGGAGCCGUUAGGCCGCGGCGGAGCUCGGACCUGCUGCUGUGCGCCUUCGCGUCGUCGUCGAACGGGCGGGCGGCGCAGUCGGACUACGUGCAGCCGGGCGCGCUGGCGUCGGUGGCGCCGUGGACGUACCACCACCGGAAGCAGGAGCAGCACGCGUUCCCGUGGGCGGUGUCGGGCAACAAGAGCGGCGCGCCCCCGCAGCUGUGCUCGACCGUGAACCCCAAGGACCGCGACUGCGACGGCCUGGACGACUACGUCAUGGACGUUGCCGAGGCGCGCAAGAUCGUCAUGCACGUUAACAGCGUGGCGCUGAAGAAGGCCCUCAAGACCGACUCGCGCGACAGCGUCAGCUACAAGGAGCUCCUCGACAUGUGCAAGGAGUAUGGCGUCGCCUCCACCGACGAUCAGCUCCGCCGCUACGCCCGCUCGCUCGACGAGACUGGCGUCGUGCUCAUCUUCCGCGAGAAUGUCUAUCUGCACCCCGAGAGGGUGGCGAAGCUCGUGGCGCACGCGCUGCCCUUUGCGGUGGUGUCGCCGAACGAUCCCCGGCGACUCGAGCUGAUGAAGCUCGAGCAGGAGAAGGCGGUGAUCGACGCGCUGGCGCACAAGCAAGUGCGCAGGUUUUUGUGGACAGGGCUUGUGGUGCUGACGAUCCAGACGGCGCUCUUCUUCCGGCUGACGUUCUGGGAGCUGUCGUGGGACGUGAUGGAGCCCGUGGCCUUCUUCCUGACGACGGCCGGGCUGAUUGCCGGCUACACCUACUUCCUCAUCACGGCCCGAGAUCCGUCGUAUCAAGAUUUCAUGAAGCGCCUCUUCCUCUCCAAGCAGAGGAAGCUGUUCAAGAAGAAGAAUUUUGAUGCGGAGAGAUAUCGACUUCUGCGGAGACAAUGCCAAUGCGUCGAGCCCGACGACACCCACUGGUGAAAUCACGUCCUCUUCCAUGGUGUCCAUCCAUGGCGGUGGGAAUUUGCAGGAUUAUGCGUACCCGAAUUCGCGAGCAGUGUUCUUGGUCCUGGCUGUUUAAUCGGCUCUCCCUUUUAUUAGAGAUCCCUUUUAUCGGAUGUGGAGGCAGCGACCACGCCAUCUACCAAAUCAAAAUUCGCCUUCAAUCUGUCGAGCGACCGAGGUCUCCGAUCGAGUGAGCGAGAUCUCCCCAACCGCGAGGCUCGAACGGUGUAGGUUGUAGUAAAUAUUUCAGGGCUGAUUGCCCCUUGUCACUCGAGCGGUCCUUUUUUUCUUCGGCGACCAGAAGCCGAACUGGUCGCCUGAAUUGUAUUUUUACGGAAUAGCCAUCUGCAGUCCCCAACGGGACCGAGGAAUGAUAUGGUUCACAGAGGUCGUAGAAUCGAGCUCUGCAUUUUUGGAAACGUACUUGAUUUCCUGGACUCUUUACAUCCUCUUAUUACUCAGCCGGGAACAUAGAGCACCAAGGGAGCCUCGGGCAUGCCGUCUAAGGAAUAUGAAAGUUGCACUAGCCCGCAGCGACGACGACGACGGCCCUGGAGCUGUCAGUCAGUCGGUCUCGCUGCUAGGAUUUCUGGUCCGUUGUCGAGAGAGCACAUAUCUGUACAUAUUCUUUUACUGUAGUGGUGAAUUUAUAGCGACACUGUCAGGACCUUGGAAAACCGUGAGAGGGUCUUGUAAUUCCGAAUAUGUGUGAAGAAGAUGAUGAUGCCCGAGGCGAUCGCAUUCUCCUCAGUUCU